GUCCACAUAUUUUCAAUCUUCGCAAGGAACUAAUGAAUCUUAAUCAAGAUAUGAUGUCAAUUAGCAUGUACUACACUCGGCUCAAAAUGAUUUGGGAGGAGCUCACCAAUUAUCGCCCAACAUGUACAUGUAACAAUUGUACAUGUGGAGGAGUCAAGAAAUUGCAAGAACACUACCAUAUGGAGUAUAUCAUGUCUUUUCUUAUGGGACUCAAAGACUCAUACUCUCAAGUUCGAGGUAACAUUCUCCUUAUGGAUCCUUUGCCCGAGCUUAAUCGUGUUUUUCAUUUGGUCACUCAGGAAGAAAAUCAACAUGGCACUCCCGAUCCUACUGCCCCUUCUAUUGCCUUUGCUGUUAACAGUGACAAAUCUAUCUCUCAAAGAUAUAAUUCUGCUGCACCAAGAUCAUCCAAUCAAAGAAGAACCCGUCCCUUCUGUACUCAUUGUAAUAGCCUUGGUCAUACAAUUGAAAAAUGUUAUAAACUCCAUGGGUAUCCUCCAGGAUUUACCACAACCAAACCACCUACUAGUACCAUUCUUCCUCCACGGGUACCUAAGGAAGCUGCUGUGAAUCAAGCCCAAACAGAUGAGGAUCUCUCUAAGUCAUCCACUACCAAUAGUACCAUUCUCCCUCAACUUACUUCAACUCAAUAUCAGCAAUUACUUAAUCUUUUAGCCUCUCAAAAUUCUGGUAUGCACUCUUCAGCCAUCUCUUCUUCUCAUGGUAUUGAAGGACAACCUCAACAAGAGGAUGAUUGGCACGGGUAAAGCAAUCAAUGGACUCUACCUAUUGGAUUCUACUCCUACUGCACAAAGUGUUUUCUCUAUUACAGCUGAUACUUGGCAUUCUCGAUUGGGCCAUUUAUCCAAUAAAAGAUUAUCUUUGCUUCGAAAUGUCUUACAUUGUAACACUUCUUUACUACAUAAAAAGACACCUUGUUAUAUUUGUCCUCAAGCAAAGCAAAAGAAGUUACCUUUUCCAAAUAAUAAUAAAUUUUCAU